CCAUUUUUGAUUUUAUUGGUGAGGGAUUGUGAUUGUUGACUUACUUUGGGUGGCUGACUGCAAUCUGACGCAACGACCCAUGAAAGGCCCUUACACGCAAAAACAUGUGUUUGUAUUAUCAGUGACUUGUUUAAAGGACAUUUUUUGUGAAGUGUUUGUUGCGACUACUCUUUCAACCGGGCCACAACCCAUUCGGACACAAACAUUCUAUUUUGCAAGCUGGAAGACUGGAAGGCUCGAAAUUAGCAUGACGCAACAUUGUCAAACAUUAAAGCACCCUACCACGCACUAUUUUUUGUUUGUGCGGUCUUUGGACUUUUUGCCCCGUUGCUACAGUCAUUGGAAUUCCACCGGGCCUGAAUCAACUAUACCCUUAUCGAAAUUUCAAACCAAAACCAGCAAAUUGUCCUCCGUUUCGCACAUGUGGUUCAAGUAUCGCAACAGUUUGUGACGUAUUUUUUACCGCAGUCCUUAGGCUCUAUAGUACCUACCCCCCUUCUAGAAGGGGGGUAGGACCGGGGCAAGGUUGGCAUCAUGUCCAACCCCUCAGAUGCCCCGAUCCCGGCGCCUCCGCCCCUGGACAUGGCGCCCACAGGGCUUCCGCGUCCUCCCAUGGUCAACACCGGCCCGGUACCACCUGCUCCGGGUGGCCUCCCGCCUCCGAACAUGGGAUUGCCCACACAGCCUCCGAACAUGGGUUUGCCCAUGCCACCACCUCCAGGUGGCAUGCCGCCAGGUGUCCCACCCGUCCCGGGAGGCCUCCCGCCCGUCCCGCACGGCGUGCCCGGAGUUCCUCAGAUGCCCGGGCUGCCGCUGAUCCUGCCGGGCAUGCCAAACAUACCAGGGAUGACGGGAAUGCCCUCGAUGCCAGGGGUACCGCCCGGGCUGCCACCGAUUCCAGGGUUGCUGCCGGGGCUUGGGCAUUUGCCGCCGUUGGUAUUGGUGAGACCGCCUGGGCCUGAUAAGCCCAUAGAAAAGCGUAAAGAUCCACCGCGGCGGAAAGACGUAUGGCCAGUCUUUGUGGGUAACAUCUCCUUCGACACCACGGAAGAGGAGGUGCGAGAGCUCUUCGGUGAGAUCGAAGGCAUGGUCUCAUGGAGGCUGUCGGUGCAGAAGGAUGGCGUGAGCCGUGGCUUUGGCUUCGCCGAGUUCAAGACCCCUGAAGGUGCUUUAGAAGCAAUCAAGAAGGUCGAUGGCAUCGAGAUCAAGGCCCGCAAGCUGCGGCUCCGCUGGGGCGAAAACGCGCCAACCACACCGGAGGUGGACGAGUUUCACCGCGCGCCCGAGCGCUUCAAGACGAGGCCUUGUUAUGAGGUCUUCAAGAAUAUGACGUGCCCGCGGGGGGACGACUGCCCCUACGCGCAUGCGCAAUCCGAGAUCCGACAUCCCCGGAGUGAAGAGGAGAAAGAGAAGGUGGUGGAUCCUAAAGACCUGGUGGUGAGAGUCUUCGUGCCCUUCGACAAGUUCGAGGGAGAGACUGAUGAGGAGAAGCGGAAGAAAGCCUGGCUGGCGAUUCUGGGCCCUGGGGCCUCUCAUGUACGGGGCAUCAUGAAGAAGGCCAGUUGUCGGCUCUUGCUCCGUGGCGUGGGUGCUCCUGGGUCCAAGGAGACGGAGCAACUGCACUUGAUCGUGAAGCCCAAGGCGGGCGAAGGCGAGACCGUGACGCAAGAGCAGACCGAACUGGUCCGCCGAGCGGUGGAUGACAUCCUGGAGACCGGAAAGCUUCCGGAUGCGAUCGAAGUGCAAAAAUGCAAGCGCCCGCCACCCCCACCAGCGGAUGCCCGCGACGGCCGGGAUGGCCGCAGAGGGGGCAGGGCGCGAUCUAAGAGUCGAAGUCGAUCGAGAUCGAGGAACCGCUCGCGCAGCGGAACGCCGCGGAACAACCGCCGGCGGAAGCCGCGCCGGGAGAAGCGGCGACGCAGCGAGGACCGGCGCGAGGAGGACCGGCGGAACGAGGAUCGGAGAGAAGAGGCUUGGCCUCCGGCGCCUCCGGGAUGGGAUCCACCGCCUCCGCAUCACAUGCCUUGGGGCUAUCCUCACCCGCCGCCUCACGCGCCGUACCCCCCGCCCAUGCGGCCGGCCGGGUGGUAAACGGAAGGGACGAAGGUCCAGUCGGAACGUGAAAGCGGCAAAAAGA